AUGAUGGCUCGAAUUAUCCAUCGUGUUACCUACAUUUUAGCUACGAUUUUUACAAUAUUUAUAUUUCGUUCAGUUAUUCAAGCUCUAGACUAUCAACCAGAAGGGGUUUCUAUACAUCACCCUUAUCACCUGGAGCCUGAGUGGGAGUGGGCACGAAAUGUUAGCAUUGUAUACACCUGGGUGAAUGGAUCGGAUCCAAAUUUCAGGUCACAGCGUAAGCGAUACGGUGGAAUUAUAGGCGGAUCGCUAGACAGGGAUAAUAACGAGCUUCUCUAUUCCCUACGAUCCCUCAACGAGUUCCUUCCAUGGCACACUGGAAUGGUAUAUAUUGUGACUCCUAAUCAGGCACCAUACUGGUUGAACCAGUCCCAUCCAAGGGUUCAGAUUAUCAAUCAAAACGACUUGAUCCCGCCGGAAGUCCAUCCGACGUUCAAUACAAAUACCAUUGAGCAGUUCCUCCACUACAUCCCGGGGCUAAGUGAACUGUUCAUACACUUCAACGACGACUACUUCUUGCAUGCAAGCUGUCAUCCAUCGGACUUUUUUACAGGGACCAAGGGAGUGAAGAUAUUUCUCACAGAUACUGAAGUCACCAAAAAUCGUAGCAAAUUGGUAACGCAGAUGAACCGGGAUCGAAAUCCUUGGGACAAAAGUUUACUUAGAACAUUUAUUCUCCUGCUUGAUACAUACCGAUUACACAAUAUGCCAUUAAGCAACACACACCAUGCUCCCUAUGUUUACUCUAAACAAGUCUUUCAUGAGAUGCAUUCAGUGUGGUUUGAUGAACUUCAUGAGGGAUCGUGGAAUAGGUUCAGAAGCGGUAAUGAUAUUCUGAUCCCAGUAAGCAGACCCAACGUUGGUCAAAAUAUGUUAGAAGCUUACAAGGUCCAGAUUGCACAUUAUGGCUUUACCAUUCAACAGGGAUGGAGCUGCUGCAAACUUGCAAAUGAGAUCGUGACGGGCAGCGAUGGCACCAUCAAGUAUGUUGAGUUUACAUCAAAUACGACAGAAAAUGCAAUCAAGAUUGCAACCUUGAGGCAGAACAGGAAUCUCAAAAUGUUCAAUAUAAACGACGACAUGGAUAUAGGUGACUCUGCAUCAGAUGCGAGAGUGCAGCUCAAUGACUUCUUGGUAAGCUGGGCUAGAUCAGGCAGAGAAAAUGGACUUUCAAUAACCAAAGAAAACAGGACCAAGAGUACGGGCAUCUUAUUGGGACGUUUGAAGUGA